GGCGUGAUGUUCUUGGAAGUGAACUAAUACUAGCCCCAUACGCAGGAACAGAACAAAAACCCUCUGUACUGUAGUCUGUAGGAGGAUCGACCGCGAACCAUGUCGACCAAGGACGGCGUGGCCACCGCGGACGACGAAGAGGUAACCGAUAUUAUCGUCCAGAGAGUGCCGUACUGGGACCCACCGGCAGUCCAGCCGCUGGACACGAACGAGCUGACCGAGUGGUCCCUCUACCGCGCCAUGAUCGGCGAGUUCACGGCCUCGCUCAUUCUGGUCUACGUGAGCAUCUCCACCGUCAUCGGGUACAAAUUCCAGUCCUCCGGCGCCGACGAGAGGUGUACCGGCGUCGGGUACCUCGGCGUUGCCUGGUCCUUCGGCGCCACUGUCUCCGUCCUCGUCUACUCCACCAGCGGCGUCUCGGGCGGGCACAUCAACCCGGCGGUGUCGUUCGCGCUGUUCCUGGCCGGCAAAGUGUCGCUGGCGCGCGCCGUGCUGUACGUAGUAGCGCAGUGCCUCGGUGCCAUCUGCGGCGUGGGCAUCGUGAAGGGGAUCAUGAAGCACCCUUUCGACUCCCUCGGCGGCGGCGCCAAUUCGGUGUCCGAGGGCUACUCGCUCACGGCGGCACUCGGCGCCGAGACCUUCGGCACCUUCGUCCUCGUCUACACCGUCUUCUCCGCCACCGAUCCCAAGCGUACCGCGCGCGACGCCUUCGUCCCGCUGGUGGCGGCGCUGCCGAUCGGUUUGGCGGUGUUCGUGGUGCACCUGGCGACCAUACCGAUCACCGGCACGGGCAUCAACCCGGCGAGGAGCCUGGGCGCCGCCGUCUUGUACAACCAGCACAGAACCUGGAAGCAGCACUGGAUCUUCUGGGUCGGACCCUUCACCGGCGCGGCCUUGGCGGUGUUCUACCACAAGAUCGUGCUGCGAGACAUUGCUGUAGUCAAGGAGGCGCUGCUGGCGCUGGGCUCGUUCAGCAGGAGAGGCUCGACCGCUUGAAGACCGAGGAGAGGAAGAACAUGCGCAUACACAUAUGUUGAGUAAUCCUACACCUACGGACUGACGUGUAGCAUUACUCGGAGAGACAUGCAUGCAACACAAGGCGUGUGUGUCCACAUGAUUGCAUGCAUGUGCGUCGUUCGGGAAUAAUUAAGUUGGAUAUAUUACAUUAUAA